UAAUGGUGAAUCAUGUCAAACCUCAAUUUCUUGGGCCAUGCAGGUGGGCUCCACUCAGCAUGGUGCCUAGCCUGAGAAGAGUUGCAGGUUCAUUUAUUCCGAGCAGGAAGGUUUUUUCAGGUGUCGGUGGCAUGAAUGUUGUUCUGGCGUGUCUUCGGCUUUUCUGGUCGUGUUUUCCCUUUUUUGACCGUAUCUUUGAUGCCAAAUUUAAGAGUUUCUGUCGGCUUCUUCAAGACACGCGCCCCUCAGUAGUGUCCAACGCCUCCCUCUGGUCCAAUUGCCUCUUUCCUCGGCCGUGUCGGGCGUCAGUGCAUGGCGCGUGGCCAGCAUGCGCCACAGAGGUUUCUCUCCCUAGGCUGUGUCUGCAGGUCAUGCUCUACUUUCCAAGUCGAGAGGAGUGUCUACCGGGUGAUUGCUGGUGGUCGACUGGCUUUCAAGGCUUCCGGCGGUGGCGCGUGUUUUGCACGCGCCACCUCCAGCGAUGGUGGCGUUCCUAGCAGCAAUAGCUCUGAUUUAAUGUUCUAGUUUUUUCAGUUUUUUUGUAGUUUUUUUUUCUUGGGAAAAAUACACAUAACUCCCUUAAACUACCACAUCAUUGUCAAUGUAU